AUGACGGCCACAUCGACAACACCGGCUCAGGACGAGUUCAAUGCCCUCCUAGGCAACAACGCGUCGUCCAACGGAUCCAAGACUCACCCGGAAGAUAGCCGUCGUAGCAGAAGCGGAAGCAGAGGCGGGAGCGACGACGACUCAUCCCUAUCAGAAGAGGAAGAAUACCGCAACGCGAAAGUCGAGGCAGCCAUGCACACAAACACGAACACCAACCCGGGGGCGCUGAACCUGCCCCCGGCCUCGUUCGACAAUGGCCGCUCUACCGGCGUAAAGGGCGUGAUUGCCGAUGCGAGGAGCUAUGAGGCCGCUAAGAAGAGCAAGUGGAGGAGCCGCGUGAGCAAUGCGCGCAGGAGCAUAUUCGGCGGCAUGGACGCCUUCACCGCAUCAUCCAACAGCAACACCGUCACGGCGGCGGCAAGACGUCGCGGCCCCGGCGGCGGCAGCGACAGCGACGGGGGGAACAACUCGAACACGGACGUGGGGAGCGACGACGACGACGACGACAGCUUCCUGCGCCAGUGGCGCGAGUCCCGCAGGAGGGAGCUCGAGGCCGAGGCCGGCCGGGCCGUCAGGACGAGGAGGACCAGUCCCAGCGUGCGCGAGUACGGGAGGCUGGACGAGGUGGACGCCAUGGGUUACCUGGACGCUAUCGAGAAGGUCGGCAGGGAUACGACCGUCGUCGUGUUCGUGUACGACCACGAGGUGAGCAGAUCCAUCCUUGCCCCUUUCUUCCCUCUUCCGCGGUGCGAAGUGUCGGCCACUAUCGAAUCUGCCAUGAUGCCGCUCGUCAAGACGCACAGGGCCGUCCACUUCGUCAAGGUGCACUACGACGACAUCGAGUUCGACCCGGCCGCCACGCCUUCCGUCCUCGCCUACCGCAACCAGGGCGACCUCGUGUCCAACCUCACGGGCCUCAUCGAGAUGAUUCCCGACGACGACUACUUUGGCACGGACUCGCUCUUCAGGAUCUUUCAGCAGAACGGCGUGCUAUGA